GUCAGCAAUGUUGUGGCAUGAAAAACACUUUAACUGAAAACCGAGUGCACUACAACAGUAUAMCAUCACCGUGUCAACUUUACAGUGCAAGCAGUGACCUUUCUAGCGCCAACGUCAACGUUAACGCCACCGCCACCCAACCCAGCAUAUGUCAGGUGCAUGACAUGUGCAMAAAUAAACCGCUAACAUUAAAAACAACAACAAUAUCAAAAAAGUAACAAUGAAUAAUACAAAAUGGAAUAGCACACGCUAUCACUCACCCAGCCAGCAGGAGGCGACUAUGCGGCGCAGUCUCGAGGAGAUCUCCAAGGAUAUCAAAGAUAUUGAAAAUGUCAUUACCGCCACAGAAAUAGCUGUGCGUAAUGCMAAUAAAGCCGAGCCGCCGCUAAAGCGACGUCGCAGCAAAGCGCUGCCGAAUAAGGAGAAUAAAACACCGAGUCCGACCGAGCGCCAGACGCAUAGCAGCACGCAAAAGUCAUCGCCGGUCACUUUCAAAGUGCACUCCUUCAAGCGGCAACGYCAAAAGAUGCGCAGUCCACGUCUGACCAAUUCGAAACUUUACUUUCGCAAUGGACGUAUCGGUUGUUUGGAGGCCGAUCCGCACGGUUCCAAUGUACAGAGCACACACGCUUUGGUCAAAGAUAUUUUGAAGUAUGUGCAUGAGAAACCGCUGGUGAGUCCRGAGAGCGUGCGGCGUGUAUUGGAUGGCACAAAGACGCCGACGCCACACUCUUCAACGACAACAACAACGACGCCAACAACACCGACCACAGUCGAAACGGAUGCGGCUACUGUUGGUCAGGCGUCGGAGCAGGCUUGUGAAGCGGUGGUUUUGCUGCCUGGUGCAGUGCCCGUUGAGAAUGAUGAUGAUGUUGUUGUUUGUGGUUUGAAUGGUUGCUCUAGCGGCGGCAGCAAUAACGUCAAUAUGCCUGACAGYAGCAGUCAUCGGCGUGGACCAAGUGUGGGCUCUUCAAUGACAGAGAAUACGACCUCGCAGUCGCAAGCGCUGGUCGAUGACGAUGAGCAGGAUGUGCAAAUUUGUUAUGACGAACUGCCGGAUAUAUUGAAUGAUGAGCAGAACUUCGGUCCGGAGUUGGUGAAGAGUGAUUUCGCUGCGGUGGAGCCGGAGACGGAAACCGCUACUGAUAGGCGUUUUAGCGCGACGAGUCUCAACGAGGACGUGCGUGAUCAGGUGCGCCAUCUGGUACGUCGCUUUACCGCACGCGCCAAUAAAGUAAAGUCACACAUUGAGUUGCCACCCACACCGUCGAGCAGCAACAGCGCCCAUGCCAGCACCAGCAGCAGCACCGGUGGUUCAGCUUCACCUGUACGCUCACUCCCAGCCGCUUUGAAAUCGCUAAGUACAACACGCGAGAAUUCGCCCUUCAAAACUAAACUGAAAGACGCCGCCAAAUCACUGAAUCGUGGACGUCUCUUCGAAGCCGACACAUCGCGUUCGAAUGUCUGGAUCUGUUCGAGUUUGUGCGGCAGCAAUAAUGAGGAGAAGACGCUUGAUCCGCAGGGUAAAAUCUACAUAUCGUGGUUGUGUGUUGUUUCAAUAUCGUUCCUCUAUAAUGCUUGGGUUAUACCCUUGCGUUCCACAUUUCCAUUUCAAACACCGGAAAAUACGAACACUUGGUUGAUUUGUGAUUUCUGUGCGGACAUUAUUUAUUUGUUGGAUGUGAUAUUCUUYAAGCAUCGUAUCAUGUAUCUAUUCGAAGGAUUUUGGGUGAAGAAUAAGAAUUUGACACGCAAGAAUUACAUGAGGAAACUGCAAUUUAAGUUGGACCUGCUCGCCCUACUGCCGCUGGAGCUUUUCUACUUAAAAUAUGGCACUGGCGCUGUUUAUCUGCGUUUUCCACGCCUAUUCAAAAUACAAAGCUUCUGGGAGGUUUUCAAGUUGUUGGACCGUGUUAUAUCUUCRCCACAUUUCGUGCGAGUAGCUAAGACCCUAACCUAUAUGUUGUAUAUGAUCCACUUAACCGCCUGCGCAUACUAUGCCUACAGUGACUAUCAAGGCUUAGGCGUGAACCGUUGGGUCUUCAGCGGCAAAGGCCAUCCCUAUGUUCGUUGCUUUGCCUUCGCGACUAAAACAGCGACAUCUAUAGGUAAAAAUCCAAAACCCGAACGCGAAGGCGAAUAUGUUUUCAUGACCGCCGCAUGGUUGAUGGGUGUCUUUGUAUUUGCAUUGCUGAUCGGUCAGAUACGCGAUAUAAUUUCCACCGCGACGCGCAAUAAAAAUGAAUAUCGGCAAUUGGAAGAUGAGACCUUGGAGUAUAUGCGACGGCUGAAUUUACCGAGUGAGGUGCAGGGACGCGUAAAAAUGUGGUUUAAGUUCACGUGGGAGCAACAACGUACUUUAGAUGAAGCCAACAUUUUGGACUCAUUGCCGAUCAAUUUGAAGACGGACAUCGCUAUCGCCGUGCACAUACAGACACUCUCAAAAGUACAACUUUUUGCCGACUGCGAGGAGGCGCUGCUACGUGAUUUGGUCUUAAAAUUGCGCGCGGUAACUUUUCUGCCCGGUGACAAUGUGUGUCGCAAAGGCGAAGUGGGACGCGAAAUGUACAUUAUCAAACUCGGACAAGUGCAAGUGAUGGGCGGUCCAAAUAGUGACAUUGUCUUGGCUACACUCUCCGAGGGUUCGGUCUUCGGCGAGAUCAGCUUAUUGGGUAUAAAUGGCGCUGAUCGGCGCACAGCCGAUGUACGCUCCAAAGGCUAUGCCAAUCUCUUCGUACUCUCCAAAUCCGAUCUGAACGAAGUGAUCGCCUACUAUCCCAACGCACAAGCGAUGCUGAAGAAACGCGCACGCGCGCUAAUGCGUAAGAAUGCGGCACGCGAACGUGAAGAGGAACGUGCCAAAAGCGCGCUGAAAGCCGAUGUGGUGAUUAGUAAUCCGAAAACACCGGAAACGCCACCGAAACUCUUGAAGACUGUCAUACAGGCAUUGCCUUAUGAGUCGCCCGCCGUCAUGCUGAUCACGCGCGGCUCCAAACGCAUGCGCAAGAAGAGCAGACCCAAUGUGCUGGCCAGCAUCGAGGAUGAAGAGAAUGUGGCACCCGCAAAUGAGCAGCGUGCGGGUUUGUUGGGCGCCAUAGCUGCUGCGACGGCCGGUAGGCGUGCCAACUCGCCCGAUUUGUUGUCAUCCAUACAAGAUGAGCURAAAACCAAACAUAGCUUCAUCAACUUAACUGAUUCACAAAAAGCAUUAAUCAUAUCGAAAUCCAAUAGUAGUUUAAUGGAGCUGCCACAGCAGCCGAGCCGCGUAGAGCAGCUGCCACUGCGUAACAAAGGAACCGUUUAAGCGUGCCMUCUAGCGACGAGUAUCUAUUAUGUAUGCGACGAGCUUUAUAAAUAUGCAUGAAUUAACCAUGAAAAAGUCUUACUAAAACAAAAACAAAAAAAAAACUUGUUAAAAACGAACAAGAAUGCAAUAAAUUGUGAAAUUUUAUUAUUGUGACAAUUGAUGUGCUGAAAUCGCGGUGCUUAACAACCCACUUAUAUAUGCAAU